AUGAGUACUGCUACCACCCCCAGGAAGGUCAACCCUCUGCUUGCAGCAUAUCUUGCGUCGCUCGCGGCUCAUCCUUUGAAAACAAAGGCUGUGACCACGGGUGUCCUACAAUUCUUUCAGGAGGUCUUAGCUACCCAUCUUGCAGGAGUGCCUGCUCAACGUGUAUCGAAGGAUGGACCUCUAUAUGCUCGCGUGCUUGCUCAGGCGAAGGUCAAUCCCAAGGCACCUAAGAUGGCCCUUUAUGGAAUUCUGGUGUCCGCACCCUUGAGUCACAACUUAGUUGGCUAUGUGCAGAAGCUGUUUGCAGGGAAGACUAGCCUGUCGGCGAAGAUCGGCCAGCUCCUUGUGAGCAACUUCAUUGUCGCGCCUCUACAGGUCGUAGUCUAUCUCACUUGUACCUCCGUCAUAAAUGGUGCCAGAAAUGUUGAUGACGUAGUUAAAACAUUGAAAGCCGGGUUCAUGAGCGCUAUGAGGGUCACUUGGAUGACACUACCUUUAACAAUUGUGAUCGCGCAACGAUAUCUUGCACCUGAGCUCUGGGUUCCGUUUAUGAAUUUGGUUCAAUUCAUUACCGGAACCUACUUCAACACCAGGCUGAAGAAAAUCCGCAUGAUGAUGGAUGCGAAAGCCAAAAAGGAAGGGGAAGAAAAGCGAGAGUAG